CAGCAGCUGAUCCUGAGUGACUAUUGCAGUGUCGCCCCCUACUGGAUGCUUGCUUACACUGCUGUUAAGUACACUAUUGUUAUCAAAGUGAUGCUCAGCUGUUGUUGCUUGCUGGUCUCAUGUUUCUCCUCGUGUCUUUCAGGUCUGACUGCAUCCCUCAAUAUCUCAGGUCCACUUCCGGUUAGGAAACCAAAGCUUUUUUCAAUAACCAGGAUGAGUCAGAGCCUGUUUGACCCCAAGCCCAGUGAUUGCUUCAGUGUGUCCUGGAGGGAGUGGGUUCACUUCCCUGCAAGAGUGCGAUGUGCUGGAUCUCCUGUAGCCACACCCUCUCACUACUGCUGUGCGUCCUCAGCCUGACUCCGGCGGCUACAGGGGCGAGGCCAGAGACGCUGUGCGGGGCGGAGCUGGUCGACACGCUGCAGUUCGUGUGCGGAGAGAGGGGCUUUUAUUUCAGUAAACCCACCGGCUAUGGACCCAACGCCCGGCGGUCGCGGGGCAUCGUGGACGAGUGCUGCUUCCAGAGCUGCGAGCUGCGGCGCCUGGAGAUGUACUGCGCGCCCGCCAAGACCAGCAAGGCGGCCCGCUCGGUGCGCGCCCAGCGCCACACGGACGCUCCCAGGGCCGCCAAGGUCAGCAAGGGCUCGGAGCGGCGGGCGGCGCCGCAGACGGACAAGACAAAAAACAAGAAGAGACCCACACCUGGACACAGUCACUCUGCCUUCAAGGAGGUGCAUCCCAAAAACUCGAGCCGAGGCAACGCCGGGGGCCGGAAUUACCGAAUGUAGGGAGGCGGAGCUUGGCCGCCUGGAAAGGGAGGAGGGAGUGGCCUUACCUGGUGCACCUGGUUCACUGUGGAAGCAGACAAACAAAGACGACGGUAACAAAG